CUCUUUUCUUUUCCGUCGAUGUUCCUCCUCCUCUUCUUAUUUAUUUUUAUUAAGAAAGUCUCUUUUCUCUCCACUUCGCCAUUCACGUGCAGGUUUGUUCGAGUGGCAAAUCUUCAGAACCAUCGACUUUGAGUGGCAAAUCAUCCAUAAAGCACGUCUUCAGAAUCAUCGACUUUGGGUGGCAAAUCGCCCCAAUUUUGUUUCGAUUUGUUUGAUUGCUGUAGAAUUAGAAGAACUAUGCGCCUGCAAAAAAUUCAGGGGAGGAUGAGGAGAUCAAAAUAAAUUUCAAAUUUGUUAUAGCUUUGGAGCAUCUUGGAGCAAAUGAGCAAUGGAGCUUUUGGAGCACUGCUCACAUGGAGGAUUGCUCACUUGUGAAAGUGCUAUAUUUCUCUGGUAGCAGAAAUGAGUGGCCGCUUUUCUCGCACAAUCUAUGUUGGCAACUUGCCAUCAGAUAUAAGAGAAGGGGAAGUUGAAGAUCUGUUUUACAAGUAUGGCCGUAUACUAGAUAUUGAGUUGAAGAUUCCACCUCGUCCUCCUUGUUAUUGUUUUGUGGAGUUUGAGAAUGCUCGGGAUGCAGAAGAUGCAAUCAAGGGUCGAGAUGGCUAUAACUUUGAUGGCUGUCGAUUGAGGGUUGAGCUUGCCCAUGGCGGUAGGGGGCAAUCUUCAAGUGAUCGUCGUGGUGGGUACGGUGGUGGAGGUGGGGGUCGACACGGCAUCUCACGCCAUUCUGAAUUUCGAGUUAUUGUUCGUGGACUCCCAUCUUCUGCUUCCUGGCAAGAUUUGAAGGAUCAUAUGCGAAAAGCUGGCGAAGUGUGCUUUGCUGAAGUUUCUCGAGACAGUGAUGGGGCUUUUGGUAUUGUUGAUUAUACUAACUAUGAAGACAUGAAAUACUCUAUUCGGAAGCUGGAUGACAGUGAGUUUAGAAAUCCUUGGACUAGAGCUUAUAUUCGGGUGAAGAGGUAUGAGGGUACUCCAUCAAGGAGCCAUAGUAGUAGCCGCAGCAGAAGCAAGAGUCCAAGAAGGAACCGAAGUAAAUCAUUGGAACGAUCUCCUUCAAGAUCAGUGUCAAAGUCUAGAUCAGCAUCACCUGUUAAAUCAUCCAGUCUUGGAAUAUGCAGGGCAAGGUCAAGGUCAAUUUCAGGAUCUCCCAAUGGUAAAUGACUCUUGGUAUGGUCUGAAGGGGCUGAAUAAUUUACAAUUCCAGUGAAAAUUCUUCAUGGUUUGUUUAUAUGUAAUUAAAGAGGAAGUUUGACCUGAUAUUGCAUGGGAUUAUUACCUAAAAGUGUCUUGAUGAAAAACCUUGAACUAGGUAUCUUCUAUUUGGCUUGAUCAUUCUUAGUCGAUUUGUGGAGUUUGCAGAACAUGUUGCAUCCUUCAUUUGGUUUGUCUUUUUCAGUUAAAAUUUAUCAACUCAGAUUGUCACCUCCAUUCAUUCAA